GAUAACAAUCCUAAUUGUGGGUUUGGAUUUCGCAGUCAAACAUGACAGUUUUGUGAUUAUAAAUUGCUUCAUUUUUUUGUCAAGUUUUAGAGGGGCAUCGAUGACAAAUUUGCUUACGGGAUUGCUUUAGGUGAUAUCACCACUAGUGUUCAAGCCCCCAUUUUUGUUUUGGGCCUCACACGUUCACGCUCACUUCACUUCAUCACUAUUUGAUUAUUCAACCCAUUCAAAAUGACAAACCUUUCACUUCCUCCUCCAUUUCUCAUCAAUGGACUCUCUCACAUUCCACCCCCGUCAGCAAAAGCAUUUGAAGAAGAAUUCAGCGGUAUUCUCCCCCCAGGAAAAGAUAUCCACUCAUCUCGAGGAAUAAUCCACUACUAUGAUUUUAAUCCCUCCGCUUCAUCGGAUGCCAAAAGAGUCCUCAUAAUCCAUGGUAUUGGAACAUGUGCUGUUGGUAUAGGAUCUCUUGCUCGUCGACUCACGGCCUCGGGAUCUCAUGUCGUCACUUAUGAUCUCUGGGGUCAUGGAAAUUCUUCUACUCCUUUGGAAGCGCAUACGCCAGCUUUGAUGCAGAUCCAGAUCCUUGAAGUCCUCUCGCAUUUGGGAUGGAACAAGGCGCAUCUAGUGGGAUUUAGUUUGGGCGGGAGUAUUCUGGCUACUUUCGCCGCGUUGCAUCCCCAAGUUGUGGAGAGCGCGGUUAUUGUGGCGGGAGCAGGACUUUGGAAGAAGAAGAAUAGCGGGUGGUGGAAUAAGUUGCAGAAGGAUGGAGAAUGGAUAGUAGAUGAACAUAGUGAUCAUGAUAUCAUUGAGGAACUAGAAGGUUUCGCCCCCUCGGAAAAAACCUGGCAAGAAGCAUUUCAACAAGGAGAAUUUGUAUCUGAACCUGUCGAACAAUGGCAGAGAGAAAAUCAUAAAGGCCAUGAAGCUAGUGUGGUUAGCAUGUUUAGAUAUGGGAAUAUUUUUGAUCAGCAUGAGAGUUAUAGGAGGUUGAUCGAGAGCGGGAUUAAGAUUUUGGUGAUAGCGGGAGAAUCCGAUAGUCUGUUUCCGCCAGAGUUUGUGAAGAGGGAGCUGGGGGAGUUGGGGUGGGGGAAAGAGGUCAUGCAGGUGGAUGGGGCGGGGCAUAGUUUGGUUAGGACGCAUGAAAGAGUGGUGGGGGAAUUUAUUGAGGAGUUUUGGGGGAGGGAAUUUGGGAAGUGAAAGGGAUUUGUGGUUUCAUGAUUAAGGGAGAGACUGGGGGGAGAGAGGGUAGAUUUUGGUAAGCGAAAACAUUGGUGGAAGUGAAAAGAUAUGAGAAUAGAAAGAUAUCCAUACAAUCAUGAGCUCAUGAAGAAUUGUGGGGAUGUUGGCUGAGGUUUUGCGAUUGAACGGGGUAAUGAUUAUACAGUUCUGCAAAAGGUGCUGAGUGCUAACGUAUUUCCAAUAUCUCAUCUGAGCUUUUCCAUGGCUGAUUAACCGCCGGGACAUCUUUCAGAUGAAUAAAUUCGGA